GCUGACACAGGAGGCAGGUUGUCUGUGGUCUCUGAAUGCAAGGCAGACUUCAGGAGGAGGAGGCGAAAGAAGGAAAACGGACUAAAACCUGUUACUAUGGCUUCUAACUUCAAUGACAUAGUGAAACAAGGCUACGUGAAAAUACGGAGUAAGAAAUUGGGGAUCUUCCGGCGAUGUUGGCUGGUUUUUAAGAAGGCCUCCAGUAAAGGACCACGGCGAUUAGAGAAGUACCCUGAUGAGAAAGCAGCGUACUUCAGAGGGUUUCAUAAGAUAACGGAACUCCACCACAUCAAGAACAUCACCAGGAUGCCACGGGAGACGAAGAAACACGCCGUGGCGAUCAUCUUCCACGACGAGACCUCAAAAACAUUUGCCUGCGAGUCAGAGUUGGAGGCUGAGGAGUGGUGUAAGCUACUGUGUGUGGAGUGCCUGAGCAGCAGGCUUAACGACAUCAGCCUGGGAGAGCCGGACCUGCUAGCAGCGGGUGUACAGAGGGAGCAGAACGAGCGCUUUAAUGUGUACCUGAUGCCCACCCCAAACCUGGACAUCUACGGAGAGUGCACCAUGCAGAUCACACACGAGAACAUCUACCUGUGGGACAUCCACAACGCGCGGGUCAAGCUGGUCAUGUGGCCCCUCAGCUCGCUGCGGCGCUACGGGAGAGACUGCACGUGGUUCACCUUCGAGGCCGGGAGGAUGUGCGACACGGGUGAGGGGCUGUUCACGUUCCAAACACGCGAGGGCGAGAUGAUCUACCAGCGCGUCCACUCCGCUACGCUGUCCAUUGCUGAGCAGCACGAGCGUAUGCUGAUGGAGAUGGAGAAGAACUCACAGACGCUCUCGAAUGAGGCCUCAUUAACAAAGUCAAUAUCCUUACCACGGAGUGUCUACUGGCAACACAUCAUACGUCAGAACAGCGUCGGAGAUAUCUACAGUUGUCAAGGGAGCAGCCUGACGCUGACGCUGAUUCCUCGGGCGCAGACGUUCCCAAGUUUCCUGUCUGAGCAAAAAGAGGACGCGUCAUGCUCGUCCCCAAACCAAGAGCAAGCUCUGUCGCCCUCUAGUGACUAUGAAACAGACUACAGCACAGCACCUCUGCAAUGACGAGCACUACAUAGAUAUCCCUAUCAAGCCAAAACGAGACAUUCCUUCGUUUUAGCGACCCUCUAGGGACACAUAUAAGAUUCUACGAUAUAAAAACAUAUAAUGUAUAUUAAAUACAUUAUAUUUUAAUGUAUUUAAAAUGAUAACAGUGAUUUGUAGAGCAGUUAAUAUAAUGACGAAAGGAGUAUCCUUUUGUAGGCUACCUGUUGUAAAACAACAGUAGGGUGGAAGUUGCACCAAAAACUUUUUUCCUCUUGUAGAUUUAAAUACAGAUUUAUUUUUCUGCAAUUAUAUGUUGACAACAUAGUAACAUCUUUUUCUUCUUGUUCAUUUGUAAGUCACCAUGUCCAGUUGACGUAGCCUACCAUAUGUCUUGAUGUCAGGUUUUGUCUUGAGUUUGUUUUUCUCUCUCCCAUGAAUAUUGAUAAAUAUAGUUCCAUUGCAGUUUGGCAACCUCAUAUAUACCCAUGACAUGCCCUAUGAUAGUUUUGUGUUUGUCGGCAUUCACACCAUCUUUGAGCGGAUAUUUUUGUUUUAAAAAAUUGACAUGUAUGUGGGGGACGGUCAGAUUGUCAUUAUCCACUUCUGUCUCCCUACACGGCUACUCACCUAUGAACUGCUGUAUGAAGUGCCUUCUGAUAUCCAGGGAGGAGGGUUGUUGGUCAAAAAUGUCAGAUUAGAAAAAGCCUCUUGUAGCUUACUGAGUGUAUUUCCAUUGUAAUAAUGACUCUAGAUGCCUCUGCCAUUUUAUUGAAGAGCAGGGAUGACAAAGAGCAGACAAGAGAAGACGUAAAGGUGUCUCUGCUGAGUCUGAGCUGUCGGAAGCUCUUUGAAAAUGCGGAGGCAGCGGGAAAUUAAUGAGCCUGACACCGGCUUCUUUACCUACAAAGACAAUCAGGCCAAACAAACACACACUUGUGACUCACAGGGGAGUCGUGCUGUCACCCUGCGUAACUGUUUCGGAUGGGAAAACUUCACUCGUCCGGCUUGACCCAAAUAACUGCCGACACGAAAAACGGAUCUGUGCCAGUUCAGGCCCGCAUCUGUGAGCCACUGUCAGGUGUGUGUGUGUGUGUGUGUGUGUGUGUGUGUGUGUGUGUGAGAGAGUGUGUGUAUUUUUGGUGUUGUGUCCUUGUAGGGAAAAGACCAAGGGGAAGUCAUUAAGAUACCAUGGCAACCAGGAGUUCUGCAUGACUAGGCUGGGUGUCCAGGCUGGCUUAAGAGCAGUGUGGAGGAUACAGCCAUCAACCUCUUAAAGCAGAAAUGAAAAUGUUAUGCUGUGACCUUAAUUAUGGUUGUUAGCCCCACCUCCCCCAAACCCCUCUGUCUCUCUACUGCAAACUGGAACAUUUCUACAUCCUGAAGAUUCCCUGUGGGAUUUUUAAAAGAGCAGCCCUGGCCAGAGGUGUAGCCUACUUGGUCUGUGGUGUAAAAAUUGCUUUGUGUUUGUUGCAACAAUUAAAUUCAAAAUCGAUGUGGGGAAAAAGACAAGUAGGUAUGCCUAUUAAAAAUGGCUAACAGUAUCUCAUACUGUCUAAAAUGUGUUCAAUUAUAAUUAUUUAUCAUAUACAAAAAGUUUAUUUUUGGAAGAACAAAAAGUUAUUGAUGCCAUAUAGUAUGAUACACUGACCAUGUUUUUGUUGUGUACCUGCCGUGUAUUUUGUGUUUUUUUGUGUCAUAUUGUAAUUCUGUUCCAACACGAGUGUUUGCUGCUCUUAGGGGUUGAAUAAAUGAC